GUCGGAUCAGAGACGAAGCGUCAGGAUCAAGCCAGCGUGAACCCCCCCGCAAACCACUUCCCCUUCCCACUGACGACGAACUCGCCGCUGAAAAGCUUCUUCGCUUCGCCGCCUCCUCCCCCUCUCUCCGGCGCGUUCGCCGCUCGCGAUCCUCCCGGCGCCGCCGCCGCCGCCGCGCGGGGGCCCUACUCGCGUCGACGCCGGGAGGGGGACGCCGUACUCCCUCCUCCUCGCGUCGCCCCGCCCCGCCGCCGAGUGCGACGCCGCUCUCUCUCUCUCUCUCCUCGCGAGAAACCCUAGCUGGAGUUGAAGUGAGGGGCUCACUGAAGUGAGCGGAGUGCGGGGGCGUGGAUGCUGCCGCGCUCCUCCGGCCAGAUCUAGCUAGCAGGCCAUGGCGAUGCGGGGGGUCGAUUUCAAGUGGUACGAUGGAUUCUUCCUCUCCAUGCUCGCCACCAGCCUAAUCAUUGUCUCCAUCAACUGGAAGAGGUAUCGUCUCUGCGCCCACCCGUUGCACAUAUGGAUCGUGGUUGACUACACCACCGUCUUCAUCUUCCGCCUUCUCAUGUUCGUCGAUAAUGGCCUUGCCGCCGGCAUGGGAUUGGAUCUUGGAUGGCAACAGAGAUAUGCUCGUUUUUGUGGGAGAAUUGUUGUCUUGUCGGUUCUUGUGCUUCUUCUCUAUCCCUUUCUUUGGGUUUGGACUGUGAUAGGAACAUUGUGGUUUAGCACUGCAAGAGGCUGUUUACCCGAGGAAGGACAAAAAUGGGGCUUCCUUAUAUGGCUGCUUUUCAGCUACUGUGGUCUCGCCUGUAUUGCGUGUGUGGCUGUUGGAAAGUGGCUAAGCCGAAGGCAUGCUCUCCAGCAGAGGGCACAACAGGGAAUACCAGUCUCUGAAUAUGGGGUUUUGGUUGACAUGAUCCGUGUGCCUGAUUGGGCAUUUGAGGCCGUUGGCUUGGAAAUGAGAGGAAUGGGCCAAGAUACUGCAUAUCAUCCUGGUCUUUAUUUAACAGCUGCCCAAAGAGAGGCAGUUGAGGCACUGAUUCAAGAACUCCCGAAGUUCAGACUGAAAGCUGUUCCUACAGACUGCAGUGAGUGUCCAAUCUGCCUGGAGGAAUUCCAUGUUGGCAACGAGGUCCGUGGGCUCCCGUGCGCGCACAAUUUCCAUGUGGAGUGCAUCGACCAGUGGCUCCGGCUGAAUGUCAAGUGCCCCCGUUGCCGGUGCUCCGUCUUCCCCAACCUCGACCUGAGCGCGCUCAACAACCUCCGGCCAUCCUCCGAGCCGGACCGGCCGUCGGCCAGCGAGGUGACAGCGGCGACGAUGGCGCGGUACGUGAGGUCGUCGCAGCCGGCUGGGCAGAGCUACCUGCUGCGGCUGCAGGGGCUGCUGCUGCGGCAGGUGGUGGUUCGGCACGGCGGCGGCGACGACAUGGCGAGCGCCGAGAACGGCGCUUCUCAUGUGGCCGCCGCGGUGACCGCGCCGGCGACCACCGGCGGCGUGGAGAGCGAGCUGCCUAGCAUAGUGGUUGACGGUGGGCAUCAGCUGCCGGAUCGCUGAAGCGCCCGGUGGACGGCGUGAUGUAGACUGAUAGUUAUAUGUGUGGGGAAGGGGAGGAUCGAAGCUAUGCAGCAGCAUGUUUUUUUUUUCUUUGAUCUUAUCUCCUGUGUGCAGAGUGUAUAAAUAUUAUGUAAAGGAGAUCAUUAUUGCAA